UACGUCGAACGACGCGCCGCUCCGCUCUCUUGUAAAAUUUGCAUUUGUGAAAAGUUGUUUUACGUUUACGUACAAUGGCCCGUACCAAGCAGACCGCUCGUAAGUCGACCGGUGGUAAAGCCCCGAGGAAGCAGCUGGCCACCAAGGCCGCUCGCAAGAGUGCGCCCGCCACCGGUGGCGUCAAGAAACCACAUCGCUACAGGCCCGGUACCGUGGCCCUCCGUGAGAUUCGUCGUUACCAGAAGAGCACUGAGCUCUUGAUCCGCAAGUUGCCGUUCCAGCGUCUCGUGCGUGAAAUCGCUCAGGAUUUCAAGACCUGUCUGCGUUNAAUUUUGUGA